AUGGGUGGGAGAUCGGCGGACGUUGAGAACGAGGAAGAGGAGGGGAAGGGUGCGAUGUCAGCGGAUCUCGAAAAGGAGAAAGAGGAGGUUGGCGUGGAGGCGGCUCACGAGGCGAGUGGGAAGGUCGUGGUCGGCGAUGGGAAGGAAGUUGUAGACCUCGAGGCCGUUGGAGAAGGGGAUAAUGCCGCGGCCACGAAGCAGACGGGCGUGGAAGUGCCUCAUGGGGGGGAGCGGUCUAGGAAGAAGAAGGCGGCGAGCGGCCACCCCGGUUCCACCGCAGCUGGUCGGCAGGCGCGGCUGGACGUCGUCGAGCAGCUGCGAGUGCAGAACAGGCGAUUGCGGGCCGACAAUGCACGACUGGAACGGCGGCUCGGUGAAAAGUCGGGACGGGUCGACAGCUUGGCGUCGACGUUAGCUGGGGUCCUCGACAAGCUCAAGGCUUUGACCGCCCAGGUAGCCGAUACCGACCUGAACUCGGCGAAGUGCCUCGAAGACGCCACGUCGACCAUGGCGACCACCAUCACCGACAACCUCACUCACAACAUGGCCAGCGCAGUUGAAGCUAGCAAGUCAUUUGCCAAACUUGCGGCCAAGAUGUUGCGGGAUCAUGACGACCCCAACGGAAGAAUGGCGGUCGAACGCGCAACCGCGGUGAACGCAUUGGCCGAUCACAUGACGAAUGAGGUGGGUGAGGCAAGGAAGGCUUUGGAGGAGACAGUCAUUAAAUACAUCGGCGCCGCGCAGACCAAUAUUGCAGCCGCCGUCACUCCCCGCCUCAUCGUGCAGCAGCCGCCGCCGCCUAUCGCCCCAGCGCAGGCCUUGCCAGAAGAGCUAAUGAAGACCUUCAAGGAGGAUGUGCUGAAGGCGGUGACGGAUGCGACGCAGGUCAGAGAGGGGGCGGCGGAGGCGGGGGAGACGGAGAAGACGCCACGAGCGCGAAGCGUAGCAAGGGAGCUGGCGGGUCCCGCGUCGCCGGCGAAGGCAGCAAGGGAGCUAGGGAGACUGGAGCUGGAGACAGUUCGGCAAAGUGCUGGGGGUCCCGCCGACCAGAACGCCGCCGUGCCGAGUGCUCCGCGUUUGGUCGCCGAGAAGCCACGAACUCAGGGGAGCGGAGGGAAAGGGUUGAGCCACAAGAAAAUCCCCUCCGCCAAAACAACCCCAGGCGGUGCUGCCAAAAUUGGCAACGGGUCGAAUGCCAAGAUAGCGGAGGUGACAUCGGUUCCUAAACAGCCUCUCGCGGGUGCACGCCCUCCGACCAGCGCGUCUGCUAACGUCCCGUCUGCCGACAAGGAUGGCCGCGCGGGGAAAGGGGUGGCCGCUGCGAACGCGCUCAAGGACCAGCUCAGGAUCCUUGUGAGCCACAGGGCUGCUCAACAGCCUCCCCCCCCUGUCGAUGCACGCCUUGCCAAAACAAUAGCUCGCUUUGAAGCCCCCAUCGUCGCCGUGCCAUCUGCCAGUGUGCCACGUGUAGCGCCGGCCGUCGCCGCUCGUACUCCUGCAGACCCAAAGUCCGCUUUGCUGCGCGCCCAGUUGGGCAUGCGAGGGUCGACUGCGCCAACUCAGCAGGCAGCUGGCUCUAGCGCGACGCCGACAUCGGGGAAUGUCGCAGCACCCACUCCGGUGGUGGCUAAUGUCGAGAAAACGGCGGAGAAGGGUGUGCGUGCCGCGCUUGCUACAGGCGGCGGCCCUGUUGAGGAGGUUGCCCUCGGCGCGGAUAUUGCUGUCAUACAGGCCCACCUGGAUGCGGCCAAACCCCGAACACUGUCCAUAUCGGGCACAGCACAUGAGAAGUCGGUCGGCGAGGGUACGUCGACAGGGAGAAAGGGGAAGGAGAAGUCGGUCGGCGAGGCUACGUCGACGAGGAGAAAGGGGAAGGAGAAGGCGGUGGAGAAGAGGAAGGAGAAGGAGGAGGAGGAGGAGGAGGAGGAGGAGGAGGAGGAGGAGGAGGAGGAGGAGGAGGAGGAGGAGGAGGAGGAGGAGGAGGAGGAGGAGGAGGAGGUGGAGGAGGAGGACGACGACGACGAGGAGGAGGAGGUGGAGGUGGAGGAGGAGGAGGAGGAGGAGGAGGAGGAGGAGGAGGAGGAGGAGGAGGAGGAGAAGGAGGAGGAGGAAGAGGGGAAGGACAAGGCGAAAGCAAGGAGAGGUCAUGGCAUCUGCCACGACAGCUCGGGCGAUGGGCAAGGGUGGGUCGGUGAGAUUAAGGUGCACGGCAUUGAUCGGUACAUCAGCAAGUUGCGCGAGAAGAUGCAGCUCGCGUGUGUGCACUCCAUCGCGUACGUCGUCUACGGCGGUUUCGUGAGCAAGGUGCUCAUGGAUGAGCUCAUCGGCUUGGACACUGCCGAGUUGGAGAGGUGGAGGAAGGUGUGGGAGGAGGUCAAGAUCUUGCCGACAGGGAUGUGGACGUAUCAAGAGUACAAGAGCUCAGGCGAUGCGCUCCACAACGCACUCUGGCCGGCGAUGUGGUUCCCCGUCGACGGGGUGCCAGAGGAGAAGUCGUCGGCGAUGAUGUCGGCCAUCAUAGGUCGCGUGUCCAUGUGCGUUGCGUAUGGGAAGACCGCUGCGAGCGCGUCGAAGAAGGAGGGAGACGAGGAGGAGAAUACGGCGAUGGUGGCAUUGGCGUUAGCGGCAUCCGCUUGCGCCGUCUGGUGCUUCGUCGAGAACGACGACGCCCAGGUGGUCGAUGCCGUGGAAGAAGGGAAGGCGGCGGCACUUAUAGCCGGUGCAAGCGAGAAGACCGCCAAAGUAUUUGAAACUGUCAUGGCGGCGGUGCUGAACGCUGAGAUCACCCGGGACCGCCCCCUGGGGGAGGUCGCCUUCAACGUCGCGCCAGUGCUGCAGAGUCUUGCCCUGCAGAGGGUCUAUCUAGGGGGGAAUGCUGAAGUCGAUGCCGAGGUGGUCGCUAGAGCGGCGGUGGAGACCAUGGCGUUCUGGGGAAUGUGCAUCGUCACCGGCCCGAAACUCAAAAAGAGGAGUAUCGCGGUGCCGUGUGACACGCAGAUGAAGGCCGAUCUUGACAACAGGGGGAGGAAGGGUCAGAGGGGGAAGCAGGUGACGAAGGGGAAGAAGGGCAAGGACAGCACGGGGAAGAAGGGGACGAAGGGCAAGGACAGCACGGCAGCGUAG